AUGGUGACCCUCGUACCCCCGUCUUUGAGGGGUGUUCCCCCUCCCCCCUCUUGCCCUCUAUUGCCUCUACUGCUGCGGCCGACCUCGUUAGCCUUGAGUCGGUCGGAGCUACGUCUGCACCUGGCGGGAGACGCCGCACCGGCAAGUGCAAGGGGAUCGGGGGCGCUGGAGGAGCUGGCGGGGGCGGUGGAGGUGGCAGUGGAGGCAGUCGAGGGGGUGGGGGUGGUGGUGGGAGUGGUGGCGGGGGUGGGGUUGGCGGUGGCAGCAGUGGAGGCGGAAGAGGCGGCGGUGGUGGCGGUGGGAGCGGAGGAGGCGGAGGUGGCGGAGGCGGCGAAGGUGGCGGCGGCAGCGGUGGAGCUGGUCGCAGCCCUGCGCAGAGGAGUGGCUCCGGUGGUGGUCAGCGCCAGCAGUAGCAGCGCACUCGUGAGACCCCGUCCCCCCAGCAGCUUUGUGAGUGGUACGCUGGGCGUCAGCGGGUGCGGGGGCUCGCACUGCACCCAGCGCUGCUUCGGCCGCCUGACGGACGCUUGGCGUCACCAGUUCCCUGACGCCACUGAGAUCCCUCGCUGGGGAGAGCUGUCUAGGGCGGGGGUUGCUAUCUUUGAUCUUGACUAUGAUGCUAUUCUUGCUGCCAUGUAUGCUGUGUCUACUAGUGAUGAGGGUGAAUGUUACUUGUGUGUUCCGCCUGGCCUGGGCAUUGGGACUGCUGCUCUAGGUGCUGUUGAGGCUGCUGCUCUAGGUGCUAGUGAGUCUGCUGCCCCAGGUGCUGGUCUUUACCUCCCCUCGUUCUCUACGAACUUGGUGAGUGGUGCGGAUCAACACGAUGGGGGGGUUCACCAGUUCACUCCUAGGAGUCAGCGAGUGACCCACUUCACGUGUGCUCAGACGGGCCGACACUUGGCCACGUUUACCUGUCGACCGGGGUCGAGCCUGUACACACUGACUACUGGUCCUCCUCAGGCUACUGCGUCUGGUCAGGUAGCUGCGUCGGGUCAGGCGUCUGCUGCGGCGUCCAGGGCCUGCCCCUACCUGCGUUCCCUGCGUCUGUGA